AUGGAAAAUCGAAGAAACAACGGCGGAGAUGCUCUGUCUAACUGGAUCAACGUCGGUGAUGUGAAAAUCAAAUUUGUGAAAAAUUACACCGACUUGCCCACGAUCAGACUGAAACAUGCCAUUCAUUUUGCCGCUUGCACAUUUUCGGGGCCUCUUGCCUUGGCGUUCUCCAAUACUGAAACGUCCUGGUUCAUCGAUAUUGUCAUGAGUGGCGGUGUGUACCUAAAACAUAAACUUGAAGUACCAGAUGUAUUUACGAUGGAGUGGACGAAAGAUCGUCGUGGGAACGCAACGUUGUUUUCUGCCUUAGGAGAUCGCGUUUCUGAGUUCCAUUUUGGAAAUGGAGUAAGGGAAGUGCGUGAAGUGCGGGUGUUCCCUACAGCACGUGAUUCUGGAGUGGCAAUAUUGGACGACCAAGCGAGAAUAUUCGUGGUAAACUCUGUUAACGAGCCAAUCGUUUGGAGUAUGCAAAAUUGCGCAUUCGAGCCUUUGGUGGCGGCCAGCUUACGAAAGAGACAACUACACGGUGAAUCCAUGUUGCAGCUGGUAGGAACUACCCCAGUGCUUGGACUGUAUUGCAGCCGCGAUCUCAGCUUACCCAAGAGAUCAACGAUGUUUAAGGUUGUGUCAUCAGAUUUAUCACGGCAAAUAUCCCGAGUGAACGUGCCCGGUGAUGAGUCCAUUUUCCGCUUUGGUUGGGUUGGACAAGAUGCGCUGUUCCUUCAGCGGACUCCGCUUUUUGUGCAAUUCUUCAGCGUUCAUGACGAGAACGCUCACUACGACUUGCAAAUGAAGUUUACGGAGAUUAGUGUCGAGUCCGAUGGUAUAAAGCUUUAUACGGAGACAGGAAUGGAGUUUGUUAGUCCAGUAUCACGUGAUGAGCGUGCGGUGUUGGGAGUGGCUUCGGCUUCCGACGGUGCGCUACUAUACGAAGCAGCGCAGUGGCUGAAUACCAAUAAAAGCCAUCAGUCGUAUGAAUAUGCCAUGCAGGCUGCCCAUUUCGGUAUGGCAUUCUCUAAUGGUUAUGACUCCAACCGAUUUGCUCGCAUUCUCCGGGAACUUCGAGUACUCAAUGAAGUUCAUCGGAGGCGGAUAGGCAUGCCUAUCACGUAUUCUCAAUUUCAAGAGUUAGGAGAGUCUUGUCUCAUCAAUCGCCUGAUCGAUAUCGGUGCCUACGGAUUGGCGGCAGAAAUAUGCUCAUGGCUUAAGAGAGACCAGCAGGAAGGAAUUGACCGUGUUUUGCUAGAAUGGGUACGACGAACAAUUAAUAAAGCGGCAUCGACUGUAAAUACAUCCGAGUUGAACAUGCAAGCGCUAGAUGAGAAAAUUGCCAAUAAACUUAUGAGUUACCCUCAUGUUUCCCUAGCGGAUGCUGCAAAACGCGCCAUCGAUGCGAAACUGCCCAAGCUGGCGCGGCUACUCAUCAAAAGAGAGAAGGAUGAUUCAAAACAGGUACAAGUGCUUCUGCAGCUGGGCGACAUUCAAGAGGCUUUAACUCGAGCUGCGGCCGCUCAGCGCCCACAGCUGAUGCAUCAGGUCGUGCGACAUCUGAUGAAAGGACAGAAGCGUGCCGAAUACGAACUGGCAAUCCGUAAAAUUCCUCUUGCACAAUGCUUGUAUCAAGACCUAAUACGUGAAGAAAGUGAUCGUGGAUCUGGAAAAAUGAUCCUCGCACUACUGGAGCAGGCUAGCGACUUUGAACGACAGACGAUGUUUCAUCUUGACGCAAUGGAAAACGAGCUUAACCCAGCUGAGAGGUUGAAUUGCCUGAGAAGGGCAAAGGAAUCGGCCCGUAACAUGGGUGAUAAAGGAGUGGAGGAACUGUUAAGUGAUAUGGCAGCAUUCGCUCCUGGUCAGUCAGAACGUGGGCAAGAUCAAAUGACCAUUCGUGAUACAGUCAUUGAAUUCGCAGCUGAUCCUCAGAAAGUCGCUCAAUUCAAGCAUCAAGCUAAACUGACUGAUAAGCAAGUUUGGCUUUGGACUAUCGAGGGUUUGGCAAAAAUGGGUAAAAUGGAACAACUCUUCGACAUGGCGCAGAAAAAGUCACCGGUCGGAUAUGUGCCCUUCAUUAAAGCGUGUAUGAAGUAUAACCGACGAGAGGAGAGUAAAAAAUAUUUCGCCAAAGUUCACGGGUAUCAGGAACUUGUGGCAGCUAAUAUGGCUAUGGGCAAUUUCGUUGCUGCCGCAAAAAUGGCAUUUGAUCGUCGCGAUCGGGAUACGUUACAGCUGGUAUUCAUGAAAUCACACUCAGAUAAGGAGGCUUACGCAAAAGUGGGCCAGCUGGUUAAGUCUUUCUAA